AUGAGAUUCGUCAAGGAUUCCUUCAAUAGACCAAUUUUUGAACAAUUCGAAUUCAUCCCAGAUCAAGCCCAGGAUCCCUAUUUCCACUCUAUAGUCACAGAUCCUUUCUCCUUAUCUCAAUUAGAGAAGAAUGUUAACUCCGGCUUCUACAUUACCACCAGAGCCUUUGAAUCAGAUUUAUUCCGCGCUUUCGACGCUUUCAGAUUAGGUAGCCCUAUCGGUAGUCUCCGGUACGGCAACGUAAACAUUCUCCAGCGUUUUUAUGUCGGCCUUUUUGCCCCUUCUCAUUUAACACUUCCUCAAGAAUUCAAUUUCGCCUCUGCAAAAGCUGGUCCUGGUAACCCUUUCGCUGAAGAACUAGCUGAAGGUCAACCUGGAAUGGAAGGUGUUGGUCCAGCUACUUCUAGAAUCCUAACAAGGCAUAGGUAUUUUAAAGACGAUGCUCAAUUCAGAGAUUUACACUUGAAUAUGGGUGAUUGGGUGCAUAUCAUCAACCCAGACGACGCAACAAAGCCUAUACCAGCUCAGCUGUUCAAGGUCUUCACUCCUGAUUACUCCUCCCAUAUACACAUAACUGUUUGCAGAUAUUACAGGCCUGAGCAGACUGUUCAUGCUCCUUAUAGGACUUUCUACGAAGACGAGGUAUUCAAGUCGGGUAAUUACGUUGAUUUACCAAUUGAAGAUCUUCUCGAGAAGACUUUUGUUAUGUUUGCUACUAAGUAUUCCAGGGGCAGACCAAAGGAGCACUUAUGGGACAAGCGCAGACCACUUUACGUCGUCGAGCACAGGUAUUCACCAAAGUCAAAAACAGAAACAGGUGGUUUCUCAAAGAUUAAAUCGUGGAACGCAUGCAUACCUGAAGAAGUACGAAAAACAGAGUAUGAAAUGGACUCAUACGAUGACCAACAAAAACCAGCGUCUUUGAUGUCACCCUUUAUGCGAGGUAUUGAAGGACCAGGUAGAAUUGACGAAAAUGCACCACCUCCUCAAGAAGUUGGCCCUGUUGCUGUUAGUAAUGCGGCCAUUGUUGCUGAGCAAGUUAAAUUGAUGCCUGAAGGUGCAAUGGUCUCGGCAAGUCAAGCAGGGCAAGGCUCAAUGUUACUGAAGAAGCAACAAAAGGACUAUAUGCUUCAGCAAACGACUCAAGCUAGUAAAAAAAUACAAGGUGAACUCAAGAAGACCACCCCAAUAUACGAUAAGCCAUCAGUAAAGCGCGACAGAAAGGGUAAAGAGUUGAAAGAGCUCGACAGAUCGAUACAGAGUAUGUGCAAGAAGAGAAACUUGGGUGAUCAUGGUGAAGUCACUACUAUCCCCGAAGAGACUGCUGCAUUCUUUGAAAGAGACGCUGAAACUAACAAGCUCAAGUGGUUUUCUGGUAUGCCUAUGAUAUUACCAAAGAGAGGACAAACUGCAUACUCGGCGGAGUACCUUCUCCAUAGACUCGAAGGCGAGCCGCAAACGAAGAAAAGCAAGACAUUGCCUUCUAUCUCUGAAGAGUCUCUGCAUGCUUUCGAUGACUUUUGUCGGAAUACGUUUGAGACGCAAAAAGAAAGUCGAGCUGAAACCAAUACAACAGCACUAAACGCAAGUGAACCACUUCUUUUAGAGCCAAUUGGGUUGACAGUAGCUGCGGAAGACAGAGAUACUCCACUGGCUGCGUAUGGCGUGGAUCAAGCAAAUCAGCUUGCGGAGCAUCUGCGAUCGUCAUACAACGCGUCAUCGAUUUACAGUUCGCCGUUCCACAGGUGCCUGCAAACCUCUCAACCGACUUCGCAGGCGUUUAGCCUCCCAAUUCGAGUAGAGCCGGGUAUACAGGAAUGGUUUCACGAGAAUCCACCAAACAAAGCACCUACAUUGCAUCCUCAGCCGGUGUACACGGAUCUCAAGGCUAAAUUUGGCGAGAUUGACACCCAAUACAAGCCCACUUUCUAUCCAAAUCGUCAUGGAGAAUCUCUAGAACAACUCCACGAGCGAUGCAAGAUUGCACUAGCAAAUCUCAUCAGGAGGGAGGAAAGAAGGGGAGUUUCUGGUACUAUUCUUCUCUUUACACACGCCGCUAGCGCUAUUGCACUUGGCAGAGGUCUGCUCAAUGACCCAGAUAGAAAUAUUAGAGCAGGUUGUGCUUCCUACUCUGAGUAUGUCCGCCGAGGGGACGCUUGGGAGAUUACAAAGAAUGGCAAUAGUGACCAUCUCAUUCAAGGAGAAGAGCGCCAUUGGGACUUUUCACUCUCUACUCGUGAAUAUGAGGAUGGUUUGCAAGGUACUGAAAAUCUUGAUCAGGGAGAGUGGGGACUUGUUCCAGAAGCUCGUCUGUAA